AUUAAUUUCCCUCAAAUAAAUCGGACCCGGCUCUGCAAAAUUCGUUUCCCCCUCGAAUCAAUCAAAAACCCAAAUCAAGACUCGUUCUCACACAGUUGAUUUUCUGUUCUUUCCAAAAAAGGGUUCAUAUUUCUCUGCUUCGAUCUUUCCGUUAAGUCUGCGACUAAUGGUCAAGUCAAGGCAAAGACAUGUAACGGCAGAAGAUGAAAGCAACUCAAAUGCUGAGUUGCAUUUGAAUGAAGAUGAAGAUUGGGUUAUAGUUAAAAAGCAAAAGGUCACCAUUCUGGUUCCAAGCCUUCCUACAGCUAAUAAGUCCACUACGCCAAGUUUGGGACCAAGUCAACUGCAAGCUUCGCCUAGAAAAGCAUUUAACAAACAAUCGCAAUAUUCAACUGAGGCAUGUUCUGAGAAACUUAUAGUUGAUGAACCAGAGAAGACUGCAUCAUUGGUUCCAACAAAAGGUAUCCAAAUUGCCAGAAAAACGCCUUAUCUGUACAUUCCAGCCAUAGCCAAACCUCCAUUGAUAGAUUCUAGAAUGGAUCCAGAAAAUCUAGUUCACACUCGUGGUUCAGUGUCAUGUUAUACACUUGGUGUAACAGGCAUGUCAAAAACUAUUAAGCGCCCAAGAAACUUUCAUGGCAUCAGUGGUUCAAUUGAUAGGAGUAUGUUGCUAAAUCAAAGGAUGCGGGCAUUAAAUCUUGAGAGGAAACUACAAAAAGCUGGUGGUUUGAGUAGGUGGUUAGCAUCACUAGGACUGGGACAGUUUGUUAGGCUUUUCCAGGGGAAGACUCUCAAUAAAUUUCAGUUGGUGAAUCUAACUAUGAAGAAGCUCAAGGAUAUGGGUGCGGAUGCUGUUGGUCCUCGGAGAAAGCUUAUGCAUGCUAUAGAGUAUGUCUGCCAGCCAUAUUGAUUUGAGGCCUAGUAGAUAUUCCAAGGAUCUAGUGCUUAUCUAUUUAUCAGUAUAAAAGAGUAGAAACUUGUUUGCCUGUAGACCACACUUGUUUCAUCUUUUUGUGUUUUGUUAUUCCUCAAUUAGCUUUGCAGUGCCACAUUCCAGGUUUAUAUUUGCUGACUGAUUAUUUGA